CAUUCCCUGUAUUUUGGUGAAACCGUCACCGCCGAGGUCAAAUUGUAGUCACGUGAUUAACGGCCGGCUGUGGGUCACUGCGGGUCCUGCACGGAGUGGCGGGGGUAUCCCGAGGUAACGAUUUUAGUGAAUUCUUUUAGAGAUUGUAAACCAAUGUCAAACCGAGUAUACGCAGACCCAAAAGGCAAUUAUGAUGACUAUCAGUAUCCAGUAGUAUUCUUGCCUCCAUAUGAGAAUCCACCGCCAUGGAUCCCUGUGCAGGAGAGGUUACAUCACUUAGAUUACAACAAUGAACUGACCCAGUUUUUACCUCGAAUAAUCCAGUUGAAGAAACCCUCUGGGGCUCAGCUGGGAUUCAACAUUCGAGGGGGCAAGGCCUCUCAGCUUGGUAUCUUCAUAUCAAAGGUGAUUCCUGAUUCCGAUGCAGAUCAUGCAGGGCUGCAGGAGGGUGAUCAGGUCCUUGCUGUGAAUGACAUUGACUUUCAGGACAUAGAACAUAGCAAGGCUGUUGAAAUCUUGAAAUCUGCCAAAGAAAUUACCAUGAGGGUUCGCUACUUUCCGUACAAUUUCCGCAGGCAGAAGGAAAGGACAGUUCAUUAAAAGGAGGUCCUGCUCUAUUUUGAGAUCUCUGCCUUAGAGAUCAUUGAAACGUUUGGUACUUGGCAGAUCUCUGGUCAAAUGGUCCAAUAUCUAGAGAGAUCCUGAAAUGUGGGUUUUCUGUUUGGGAUUUAUAAAAUGCCUCCUGCAUUUAUUUGACAUUUCUCGGAUUUAGUCAUUUCAAAUAUUUUGGGGAAAACUGCAAUGAUUGCAAAUUCUUGAAGUGAAAUUCAGACAGUGCCUGAUUCUGCAACUGUCUUGGGAAUGUAAAAGGAGUCUUAAAGCUGUUAUUGUCAGAAGCUCAAUCACUGCCACUGAUUUGCUUAUCCCUAUGUCAGAUCAUCUUUCAAAGACACAUAUGACUUCAUCUGUUGACUCAGUACUGCAUCUUGCAACAAUAAAGACACAAUUUUGUAUGUUA